AUGUCAUAUACACUGGCGGAUAUUAUUAAAUGGGCACAAGACCAUGAUAUGUCGAUGCAGCAGAUUAUGGAGGAGGCGAGAAGGUUGCCGUUAAUCAUGACAAACCUGCAGGCUUCGCGAUAUCUAUCUGCGGCGGGAAUGAUUGUUGUACUCUACGACACGAUUCUUACUCUCCCGGAUGAAUUCCGAUUCAUUUGGCCCAUGUCGUUUGGAGUCAUCAAAUCCAUCUGGUUCCUCUCGAGAUAUGUUGUCCCAGGGUUGAUCGUUCUUUACAACUAUCAAUUCUUCCAGGCCCGACCAGCAAUGAGCGAUGAGUUUUGUCAGGUGUACAUCUCCGGAUUAUCAUGGUGUCUGAAUAUCUCGUUUGCGGCGAGCAACUGGCUUCUGCUCCUUCGGGUGUCUGCACUCUGGGGACGGAAGCGUGCGGUGAUUUGGCCGCUGUAUUUUUGCUAUUUCGCGCUGUAUGUGGUCAUCAGCGUGAUUGUGGGUCUGGCUGUAGCCAGAAUGUCGAAACGCCUGGCGUACAAUCCAAUUAUUGGGGCGUGCAUGUUCACAGAACGAAUACCGGCCAACUUGAUCCAUUCCCAGUGGCUCCCUAUUGUCUUUGACGUCGUCAUCUUUAUUCUCACCCUUGUGAAAGCCAAGCAAGACAACAUCGCAUUGCGUAAGGGUUCGCGAGGCAAUGCGCCUGUCCUCUUUAUUCUCUUCCGUGAUGGUGGGAUAUACUGCGUCGUCAUUAUUGCCUUGCGUAUCUUCAACUUUGUGGCCUGGGCGUUUCUGGACGAGUCCAUGGUUUACCUUGCUAUGGGUUUCCUAUGGGCCAUUGUCACGGCGCUGAUCAACCGAUUCUACCUCAACCUUCGACGUGUAGCAUAUGCUACAGCGGCUGCACUCCUCACCAAUGGCUCCAUCCGCGAACGACCGAUUGCACCUGGCUCUGGGAGACUACGAGAGUUGAUAGAGGGGAAUGAGAUGGCACGACGGGGAGCACAGUCACCUGGGAGUAUGACGAUGACAAUAUGCCCGUGA